AUGAAACUAGAAAAGGCAAACUGUAACAGAGAGAGUUCUGAGGAAGAGAGUGUACGAAAACAAGAAGUCUUUACAAUUGGAAUGAAAGACUUUCAGUGGGUAUCAUUCCCAUCUUUUUGCAAAGAAAAAUGUCUAAAACCAAAGGAUCUUAGCUCUCAUCAGCUAACACAGAGCCAGAUCGACCAUUUACAUAAAGGACAGGGCCAAGCAGAUAAACUGAAAAGUUUACCUUCUACAGCUGAGAAAACAUGCUGUGUAACUAUUACAGAUCAAGCCAAAAAUAUGGUUCGGGAAGACACACAAGGUAUUUUAAAACUGGAUGUAAGUCCUAAGUCACGUAAACUCACUCAGCACAGUUCUACACACCACUGGGCAUUGUCGCAAAGUUCUACAGAAGCUUUUAGCUUUCAACAGCACUGCAGAGAGACUGUACAGAACAGCAGGGAAAACAGAAAAGAAAAUUAUAGGCAAGAGCUUCAAAUACAAAUGCAUCAAGGGAAUAUUUCAUUUGGUGAGGCCAGACACGUGCCUGCAGAAGAGAAGCCUCCUCUUGUGAGCGUACCUGGAACUGAAAGCUGCAAGAAGACGGAAAAUCAGAGUGAAGGAUCUUCAGCUCUUGACAGUUGUCCAAUGUGUCUGAUGAAUUUUAGUGGAACACUGUCACAAUUGGAUAUUGAUGGCCAUCUUGCUAGGUGCUUGUCUGAAAGUGCAGAUGAUGUAAUGUGGUAAAUCCAGAAGAAUGAAGAGCAAAGGAACAAGGCCAAGGAUGAACCUUUCUCAAAGGAAAAGGAAAAAUGUGUCAAGGAAGCACAUCCUUGUCUCAGACUUGCUUAAGGAUCACAAACCAAUACCUCAGUAGAAGCUCAAGUGCCACCUGCCUGUUUGGGGUCUUUUUAUUUUAAAUCCUCUCAAAUGCAUGUAAAGUAGUUCUAGUUCUGAAAAUGGUGCUAUAGGAUGUCCCAGAGACCCCCAGGGAAAUCAGUCUGGGUACUUCUGAAAAAAUUUACUACUGUAAAUCCCUGAAGAACCUGUUUUGUCUGAUGCACCGCAGUUGUUCUGAAUCUCUAAGUGCAGAAGAAAGCAGCUGAACAAAAAAUAACUAUUAUUUAAUCUAAUCCAAAACUUUACUGACCUCUUUUUUUUUUUUCUAAACAGGUAAUGGGUGAAAAUAAGCUUAAUUAAAAAAAGUCAUUCAAGCUUAGCAUUUUUUAUGAUUUUAAUAUCUAAGUAAGAACUUAUAUGAUUGUACAGCUGAUUCUGUGAGUAUAUCUAUGUUAAAAGAAAACACAACCCAGACCAAAUAAAGGGUGUGGGUUUUUUAAUCUUUCUGAAGGAACACAGCUAAACUGAUAACCUUACUUUGUAGGUUUCUAAGUCAGUAUCCAGCUCCAGAAUGAACACUUCUGCCAAUUUCACAAUACUGAAAUGCAAAGCAAGAUUUAAUACAGUCAGUCAGCCAAAACAACUGCUUUUUCUAUUUGUUCCACACCCCCUAUGCCCCCUUAGAAACCAUCAAUGUUCAAGAAUAAAGAACACCUGAGAGUUUGUUUUGGCUAGAAGGUAUUCAGAAGACUCAUCUACUAUUUUUGUAACUUCCUAAUAGUAGCAGGUAAACAUUUUGUAAGCUGGAGAAAAGCAACCUUUUCCACGAAUGACAAUAAAUGACAUUUAGCAAUAGUUUAGUAACAACAAAUGGAAAGGAUGAAAUAAACUAGAGUAGGUUGUUCAUUUCCCCCAAGUAGAGUUAAUUGUUUACUGAACAGGGUAUCUUAUUCAUGCAGUACACCACGUCUUCAGUCACAGCCUUACAGUUCAAAUUAGUUUCUUGUCAAAGGGCUGUAUGCCAGAGUAGUACUGUCGUGCCUGUUUCAGCUAUUUCGAUCACAACUGCCUUCACAUACAGUGAAGAAGAGUGCAACUCAGAUUAACAAACUCCAAUAUCUGAAUGGUUUUCUAUCUCAACAAACCUGUGCCCUGGACCUCAAAAACAUACAGUUCAGGUGCGAUCCAAAGAUACAGAAUAAACACAGAAUACAGUAUCAAAAUACAGGAAGAAUCCUAUAGAUUUAAUUUACAAUGGGGUCUCUUUAAAAAGUGCAAGUUGGACAUAGCUCAGUUUACUGAUAAAUAAUAACAGUCUAUAACUUUUUCAUUAAAGUCUUUAAUAGAUGUGCAAGAAUAUAAAUGAUCUUAGCUGUUAUGGAUUAGUAUACCAUCUUCUGCACAAUUAAAACUGGUCAGCAAAGAUCCCAACUAAUUAAUUAUACAAAACUACAAGAACAUAUUUACUGUUUUACAAUCAUUAAAUUAGCUAGAAUUUUCAUUUACUAUUUCAAAUAAGACAACUAUAUAUCAUUACCAGAUCCAUUUGUAAUAUAUUAGGAUUUUUUUUUCCAAACCACACAUUUAAUUACAUCCUUCAUUUUCUUUUAUUUAUAAAACAAGUACUUUAUAUAAAAAAUUUCCCCUUCAUCAUGAACAGAACAUUAUUCAAACACUUGCACAUGAGCAACCAAACUUGUAUCCAGCAAACUAUUUGGCAACACAGCAACAUUGUAAAUGCCUGUAAAUUUUUAAAUAAAAUCAAGUUGUCUUUACAA